GAUUACAGCAGAAAAGUCACAUGAAUCGUUUCACUACAGCAAAUGUUUAAUUUGUUAUGCAUUGUUUUACGUGUCUGUAUUAACUUGUCGGAUUCAGCUCAACACAAGUUAAUUUGAUUUAGUUUCUAACACCUGGAAAACAACAUGGAUGAAGACGGUCUGCCCAUAGUUGGUUCCGGGGUUGAUCUUACCAAGGUUCCUGCCAUUCAACAAAGAAGAAUCGUUGCAUUCCUCAAUCAAUUUGUUGUUCACACGGUUCGCUUCCUGAUCCGCUUCUCCACAGUUUGUGAAGAGAAACUAGCGAAUCUCUCUCUGCGAAUACAGCAGAUUGAAACCACCCUGUCUAUACUGGAAGCCAAGCUGUCCUCUAUACCUGGACUUGAGGAUGUCACUGUUGAUGGACUCGGUCAACGGCAACAAAAUGGACUUACUGCUGCCCCCCAGAGUCAACCUCCUGGUCCAACACCCGGAGCGCCUUCAACAGCAGCACAAACUGCACAAGACGCCACUGCCACACAGAGAACAGAAGCACCUACGGAGAACGUCAUGACUGUGGCCAAGGAUCCGCGUUACGCUAGAUAUUUAAAAAUGAUUCAAGUGGGUGUUCCAGUAAUGGCCAUUAGGAAUAAAAUGGUCAUGGAGGGUUUGGAUCCCAACUUGCUUGAAACUCCUGACGCUGCGGUUCCUGAUGGAGGAAUGAAGAGCGCAGAGAAUCAAGAGGUCGUCGCCAACAGCUCUGACAGCGAGUCGUCCUUCAGUGACUGAAGUGUCGAGGUGUAAAACUAGCUUCCUUGAAGCUACAAUGUCGGCGAUCAAGACAAGCAAACCAGGAGGCAGAGAUGUUGCUGCGAAGUCAGGGAGUUUAAUGCUGGAGUGGCCCUGCUGUCCGUCAGUCUGAACUGAACUGAAUUCUUAAAGAUCUAAGAUAAUAUUUUUCCUUGAUGAUGACUUGAGUCUUAAUUCAUGGAAGCUCGGGAGACAUGAAACAAUGUUCUAGAUUUGCUUUUUUUUCCCUUGUUUUUUCUGCAUUAAAUUGUAAGAAAUAUAAUUUGUCAAUGUUUUACUUUAUAUUAAGCAUUGGUAGAAAAUGAAGAAACUGCAGAAGAUUUAAUUUUAGUGUUUGGGUUUUUUUUGCACUAAACCAUUUAAAGACAAAUUACUACAAGUACUUGAAAACUUUUUCUAUAUAAAUGUGUCUCAGUUUAGUUUCCUUUCUUUCUAACGUGGUCCAUCGUCUCCGUUCAAUCUUUUAAUCUUAAUAUUUUAGCCAGAAUUGCACAGUGACUUCUUCUGAGAGGUAACGCUCUGAUAAGACAAUUUGUUUAAUAUAUAUCUUUGAAUCAGAGCUUUUGUGCACGAGCCCCCAGGAAAUGUUGCAACACAGUGUGUGUACAUGCAGGGAGUGAAAGUGGAAAAAAAGACUGGAACUGUGACUCAAUAAAUACAUCCCACACACAUGCAUUUUUCCUGUAUGUGCAUCUUGAAAAUCAAUGAACUCAAACCACAAAGUCUAAAACAACGCAAUCAACGAAGACAAGUUAAAAAAAAAAAA